AAUAGAGCCAAGUCAGAUCAAGCUCACUUAGGGCCAUGUGCGGGACGCGAUAUAGUUCGUUAUAUUAAGAACUUUAAAGUGGUCCCACAAAGCAAUAUAUUUCGGAGUUCCUUUGUUCAUACGACGUCCAUGCACUUUUGGAGUCAUGGCUUCACGUUGGAUGCUUAGCGAGAGGGGCAGACAAGCAGCUGGCAUUGCUGGUCUCACGGGUGGCUUAAUAGGGGCAUUGGUUGGCCUACUUCCUCACACUCACCUGCUUGAACAGUAUAAACGUAUAGUUCAAGCAUACAAGGAAGGCCGACCUAUGGAUUUGGAUCCUGUUGUGCAGAAAAGAGCAGAAGAGGUCCUGCGGUUGGUUGAUCUAGGCGAAAAGGAAAAGAAGUCUGUGCGAUUUUUUCCCGUGCCAAUUUUGGACACCUUCUUCGCCGGCAGCACAACGGGUUCUCAUGGGGCAAUCAUCGGCCUGCCCCUUACUUUCAGCUACGCAAGAAAGGAAGGUGUGCAGACAAAGAGCCUGCUCGUUCACGGUUACAAGGAGGCAGACUGGGAGACUAAGGAAGGGGAGGCACUCAAAAAAUCACUUGUGCUCAGCGAGAAGGCGCAGAAAUUUGUCAUCGCCCGGGAAAUUUACUGGGCAGACACAUACUACGUCCAGUUACAGACAGCGGCACUUUCGUUUUCUGUCUUCAACUGUUACGUUAUGGGUCGGCUAGCCAAUGACAAGCUCCACUUGCUGGUCCGUGCACCCCGUGCUCUGCGAGUGGGCCUGUACGGCAUAAUAGUGGCACUGAAUGCGACUGUGUACAUUUGCUUCAAGGAUGCCAUGAGCCAGUUAUGGGACAGAAGAGCAGACAGGGAGGCAGCUGCCCUGGGAAGAGAUUAUGUGGAGGGCGGAAUCGAGUAUUAUGAGAAACUUCUUCAGAGGAACAGGGCCUUGAGGGCAUUGCUGGGGGACGAGGGACGGAAGUGCUACACUUCAAAAGGAAAUAUCAACAGGAUACUUCGAACUGACCAUAUCCCAAUCACACACAGAUUAGAUGGGUUAAAAAAUCGGCUGCAGGUGGAUAGUAAAGAGGUAGAUAGUAUGAGCGAGUUCAGUGCCUGAUGUUUUGCUGAGCUGAAAACGGAAAACGUAGACUGACUUGUGUUGUAGAAGUACAGCUCAAUGAAUAAAAGAAAGUGCAAAAACUGUG